AUGGUGCUUCAUCUCAAGACUAGUUUAGAAUUGAUGAGAGUUGAUCCAGUGUUCAAGUCCUUUGAGGAGCUUCCAAGGUACCUACAGGCAUUUAUGCAAUCUAAUCCAGGAACUGUGGUGCAAUGGGAAGUCCAACCGAUAAUGGAUCCUACUAGAGUGAUGUUUCAGAGAAUUUUUUGGGCUUUCAGACCAUCCAUUAAGGGUUUUCCCCACUGUCGUCCCCUUAUUUCUAUAGAUGGUACACAUUUUUACGGAAAAUACAGAGGCACACUUAUGAUUGCUAUGGUGAUAGAUGCAAAUUCUCAGUUGUUCCCACUUGCCUUUGCCGUUGUGGAGGGAGAGAGUAAUGACACAUGGAGUUGGUUCUUGGAUUGUAUAAGAGUUGGAAAAGGUUGGGAAGAGCCAUUUGCAUUCCGUCGAUUUUGUAAACGUCAUCUAGCUUCGAACGUGCAUAAGAAGUUCAAAAACAUAGCAGUUAAAAACUUAUUUGGAAAAGCUUCUGAACAGACAAAGAUUUGGAAAUUUAAUUUCUUCAUGAAUCGCUUUAAAGAGUUUAAUGACGACGCGUAUAAGUACUUAGUGGAUAGUUCUAUUCCUGAGUGCCAAUGGACUUUGAUUCAUGAUGGAGGGCAUCGAUAUGGAGUGAAAACUACAAACAUAUCUGAAGCAUUCAAUGGCGUAAUGAAGGGGGUCAGGUAUCUCUCAAUCACUUCAUUGGUUAGGAUGACAUUCUUCCGGGUUAACGAAUACUUUACCACGAGAAGGGAUUUAGGGAGAAACAGAUUAGAGAAUGGACAUGUGAUAUAUGACACAAUACGUGGGCUAUUUGAGGUCACCACUGGUUGUGGCAACAUGAUAGUAGGAAAAGUAUGUCGAGCUGGUAACAUUUCGUAUGAUGCUUUUGUGGACCCUUCGUUUCACAAUACAAAAUACGUAUCCACAUAUAAGAAGGCCUUUAUGCCUAUUCCAGACAUGUUCACCUAUGAUCCUUGGAAUGGUCCUACAGUUGUUCCAAAUCCCUCAACUAAGCGUGGAAAGGGUCAUCCGCGAUCAACUCGUAUACGGAACGAAAUGGAUGCACCAUCGACGCAUCCUCGUAACACAUGUAGCAUUUGUGGAUUUAGUGGUCAUAAUAAGAAAACAUGUCCUCAAAGGUAA